AUGGCAGCCCCAAGCCAUCAGCGUUACAACUCUGUCGACGACAUGGACGAAAAGGACUCUGUGCCUCAUUCCUUGGACACCUUUAAUACAUUCUCCGAGAUUGAGCUCCAAGAACAUCAAAAAGAAAGCAGAUCGCCAGCUGCCCAGCAUGCAGACAUGACAGCACUCAAUGACGAUCUUGAGCUGCUCCGUGCUGAGAGGCUCAUCUCCAACCAAGAACACGACAUGCGCCGCUCAUUCUCCAAGACGCGGAAUCACAAUCCCGAACCCGAAGAUGCAUUCAAUCAACUGAAUCUUCCCGAAUCGACUGCGAAGAAGCGAAACGAAAAUGCUGCGCUGUACAAGCUCUGGCGAUUUGUUCGCAAGUUUCCUCGUCUUAUUCGUUACUUUGUCUACAUGCUGCCUGGUGCGGCUCUGCUCCUGAUUCCUGUUCUUCUUGGGUACUUCCGGUACGACAAAGGAGAGAAGAAUGUUGGUGGUGUAUAUCUUAUGUGGUUCGGCAUCUGGCUGGAGAUUAUGUGGUGCUCUCUUUGGGUAUCACGAAUGAUUUCCAGCUUGCUACCGCACAUUCUCUACGGAGUCACAAAGGCUGUCGGAUCAACCAGCCCCAAGAAGUGGCGUGAUAUCGGAGCCCAGCUCGAUCUUCACCUUGCCAUGUUUCUCUGGUUUCUGGCUAAUAUUAUUUCUUUCAAGCCAACCACGUCGGGACACAAUGUUUCCUCCGGAGAUGACGAGCCUUGGAUUGACUACGUAUUCAAAGUCAUCAUUGCUCUCUUUGUCCUAGCGACACUCAACUUUGUGGAAAAGAUUAUCAUUCAGUGGAUCGCAACAUCGUUCCACCAACGUACAUACGCAACCCGCAUCGAAAACAACAAGGGGGAUAUCAAGCAGCUUGUGCAGCUAUUCGAAUAUGCCAAGGGUAAACUCGAGCACAGCGACGCCUUUUGGCAAGGCAACCUGGAACGCAACAGUGGCAUGCAGACUCCUCUUCGUGCGCUGCACCAGAACGCCCGCCAGGUCCUCGGUAAAGUUGGCUACGUGGCAAACAAAGUCGGCAACGAUCUUAUUGGUCGUAAGGUUGAUGAUAACCAUCCCCAAAAGAUUGUUGUUGAGCUUCUCCGCAACACGGCAUCAUCUCACACUCUUGCUCGCCUGCUCUACCGCAGCUUGAAACGGGAAGAUCGCGAUACGAUUCAUCCCGAAGACAUGAAAGAAGUUUUUCAAUCCGAUGAAGAGGUUGAUGCUGCUUUCGGUGUCUUUGAUAAGGAUAUGAAUGGCGACAUUUCGCUUGACGAAUUUGAAGCUGUCUGUAACGAAAUCCAUUUGGAGAAGAAAGCUAUCGCUGCCUCGUUGAAAGAUUUGGAUUCGGUUGUCCAAAAGCUAGACAAGGUGUUCCUUUUCGUCAUCCUUGUUAUUUCCAUUAUCGUCUUCAUCUCCAUCCUGUCCAACUCCGCCGCCGCCGGACUGGCAUCGGCUGGAACCUCGGUUUUGGGUCUUGCCUGGAUGCUGCAAGCUACCGCACAGGAAUUUCUGCAGUCCAUUAUCUUCGUUUUUGUCAAGCAUCCUUUCGAUGUGGGUGACAGAGUAACAAUCUACGGCUCAACCGGCGACAAGAUGACUGGCGACGACUACUACGUUACCGAAAUCUCGUUGCUCUACACUGAGUUCAAGAAGAUGCAGGGCCACAUGGUUCAGGCACCAAACUCCAUUCUUAACAACCUCUUCAUUCUUAACCAGCGACGUUCCAACGGCCUAGCAGAUGUUAUUCCUCUUGAAAUGCGCUUUGGUACCUCGGCAGAGCAAAUUGAAGAGCUCAAGUCUAGGAUGCUUGACUUUUGUCUCGACAACAAGCGUGACUAUCAGUCCAGCAUAAUUUCUGAAAUGACAGGCAUCGAUAGCGUGCGAUCUGCCAAGAUGAAUAUCAUCUUCUUCCACAAGAGCAACUUCCAGAACGAACUUCUGCGUCUCAACCGCCACAAUAAGUUUGUCACAGAGCUCAUGUACCAAAUGGUGCAGGUCGGUAUCCAAGCACCGGUACGUAUCGAACCUGGUGGUAGCCGUGAACACCCCAUGUUCUGGGCAAACAUGCCGGCUCCUCCCGCAUAUGGUAAAGAACAGGAGCAUGCACCAUCCCCAAGUGUCGGUCCACAAGUAGGAUCUUCCAUGCGUCGCACUACAACUCAGAGCAGUAAUCGUCCGGAGCGCUUCCAGAUUCUCGAAAAUGAAGCUGGCGCUGGCUUUCAGGACGUAUUCGAGAGCCGUCGGGAGACUGCGUUAGCGCAACGCAUGGCCGCAAUUCGUGAGAAGGAGAUUGCUUCUAUCAAACACACGACCGAGGCAUCUCCAAGAGCAUCUACAACAUCUGCCCACCUAGCGCCCGCCGAAUCCCAUGAUUCACAUGGUCGCGGAAGGAUAUUUAACCGCCCUCGUAGUAAGACGAAUGCACAGCAAGGAGAUAUGGUAUAA